AUGAAUGCUGAAGACGCUUUAGCUGCCAUAAAGGAUACCGAAAAGCCAGGCGACAAGGCCAAGAAGGAAGACGAUCGCAGGGGGCAGAAGAGAGAUCGACCAGAUCGUCGGAACAACGAUGGGAAUAGGAGGAAAGAUGAUAAAAACCCUCGAACGGUAAGAUUUACUCCUCUGGUCAUGCCUGUUGACAAGAUUUUCACACAGAUCAAGGACGAGCAUUAUCUUAAAUGGCCCAGACCAUUGCACUCAUCCCCUAAUGUCCGCGACAAGAACAAGUACUGCCGGUUCCACAAGGAUCAUGGCCACAACACGGAAGAUUGCAGGGACCUGAAGGAGCAGAUAGAGGAGUUAAUACGGAAAGGAAAGUUACAGAAAUAUGUGAAGAAAGGAGAAUAUAGCAAGUCCAGAGACGACAAUAAAACCCAGCACGAAUCAUUCUCCCGGGAUGACGAUUGUCCGUCCUAUCCUCCAAACAAGGUGAUCGGGGAGAUCAACACGAUCACAGGAGGGCCGUUCUCAGGAAGGUUGUUUAAAUCACUCAAAAAGGCAUACCAGAGACAAGUUAACAGCGUCCACACUGUACCCCCGUCCAAGCACCGACGAACAUACGAAGACAUGUCCUUCAAUGAGGGAGACGCCAUAGGAGUGAAGCAACCCCACAACGAUCCCUUGGUCAUAAUGUUAAAUAUAGAAAGGUUCAAUACCAAAAGGAUCCUUGUCGAUAAUGGCAUCUCUGCGGACAUCAUCUACCUCCCAGCCUUCCAGCAGCUGAGACUAGAUCCAAAAAGACUGCGCCCUUUUGACUCUCCACUCGUCAGCUUCAGCGGAGACAGGGUCUACCCCCGGAGUAUGGUGACAUUGACGGUGACGGCGGGGACCUACCCAGUGCAGUUGACUCGACCCACGCUCAACAAGUGGAAAGCGGCAACGUCAACUUACUGUUUGAAGGUAAAAUUCCCAACAGAUAAUGGUGUCGGUGAAGUGAAAGGAGAUCAAGUCCUGGCAAGAGAAUGCUACCAAGCCGUCCUGGCUGGGAAGGAGAACCACACGUGGAUGAUUGAGGAGAAGGAAGAAGACAAGAUAGAGGCCCUGGAGACGGUGGAGUUGGUAGAAAGAGAGGCGAACAAGACGACCAAGAUAGGAACGACGUUGAGCCCCGAGAUGAGAACAAAACUCAUAAAGUUCCUCAAAGAGAAUCUAGACGUCUUCACAUGGAGUCACGAGGACAUGCUGGGCAUAUCCCCAGAAGUCAUCCAGCAUAAGUUGAAUGUGGACCCAGAACGGAAACCCGUCCAGCAACGAUGA